UUCAUUGAAGUCGUCAUUGUGGACACGUCAAUGAGAGAAAUUGCAAUGCAUGUUGCUUGGUUGAGCUAAACAUUCCAUUGUGAUCUUCUUCCUCACAGUCAAAAGGAGUCUGAUAUGGAAGAAAGCGUCAAAUUGAGGGAGCCUCCGCUAGUUCAACAACAAGAAACAGCAACACCAUCUUCUCUAAUCACUUACUUGUACAUUGGCCACUUCUUUGUUAGAUGGGGUGCCAGAAUGUGGGAAUUCUCUGUUGGUUUAUAUAUGAUCAAUAUCUGGCCAGACUCAUUGCUCUAUGCAGCAAUAUAUGGUGCUGUUGAAUCUGCCUCCACUGCACUGUUUGGUCCCUUAAUUGGAACAUGGAUUGAUAAGUUGAGCUAUGUGAAGGUUUUGCAAUUGUGGUUGGUGACACAAAAUCUCUCUUUCAUUAUUGCUGGGGCCACUGUAGUUGCCUUGCUUGUUCACUCAUCUUUGAAGUUUACUAAUUUCUCAGCUUUCAUAUUGCUGGUGUCGUUAACCAAUAUCUGCGGUGGCAUAGGGGUACUUUCAAAUCUUGCUGGUACCAUCUUGAUUGAAAGAGAAUGGUUGUUAGUUAUAUCAGAAGGUCAACCGCCAGAAUUUCUGACAAAGAUGAAUUCAGUUAUCAGACGCAUUGAUCUAAGUUGCAGGCUUCUUGCUCCUGUUAUAACUGGGUUCAUAAUAAGCUUUGUAUCCCUAGAAGCAUCUGCUAUAGCUCUAGCGCUCUGGAACACUAUCUCUGUUUGGGUAGAGUAUUGGCUUUUUACAUCAGUGUAUAAUGGGAUUCCAGGUUUGGGCCAAAGUAGCCAGAGGAGGAUGGCAAGACUUUCAAAAGGUGACCUACAAAGAAAGAGUUCAACUUUAGAGGGAGAUAGGUUGCUUACUGUGUCUGGUGGCAACUCAGAAUUGCCAAAUAGACAAAGCAGCAAAAAAAUUUCUGAGUGGAUUUUAGAGAUCCCUUAUCUUGAUGCAUGGAGAGUUUAUUUACAGCAACAAGUUGUCCUACCUGGAAUAGCUCUGGCUUUGCUAUUUUUCACUGUACUCAGCUUUGGAACUUUGAUGACAGCCACCUUACAUUGGGAAGGCAUACCUGCAUAUGUUAUUGGAAUAGGACGAGGAAUAAGCGCUUCAUUUGGAAUCGCUGCAACAGUUGUAUAUCCUAUGCUGCAUAUAUCGACUAUUAGAACUCAACUUUGGUCUAUCUGGUCUCUGUGGAUUUGCCUCCUCCCUUGUGUAGCUGCAAUAUGGAUAAAAAAUGGAUUUUUAUCAUCUUAUAUUUUGAUGGGAAGUGUGGCUAUAUCUCGGGUUGGACUGUGGAUGUUUGACUUGUCUGUACUUCAACAAAUGCAGAACCUUGUUCCAGAAUCUGAUCGUUUGAUUGUUGGAGGUGUUCAGAAUUCUCUGCAGUCAUUGAUGGAUUUAUUGGCCUAUGUUAUGGGAAUCAUAAUAUCUGAUCCACGGGACUUUUGGAAGUUGAUUUUUUUAUCAUUUCUGGCAGUUACAUUAGCUGCAUUCCUCUAUUGCAUCCAUGUAUACCACAUGCAGAAGCACAUCUUUCACUUUGACAGACUUGUGAGGGUAAAUAUGGAAGAAAAUCCAAGUUCAAAUUAUAAUCUAUCAGAUGAAGUUGACAUGUCAAUGAAUACACAUAUCAAUGAUGAGGUUACAUGAAGCACUCAACUCAAGUCCUUAAGGAGACUAUUGAAUUAAGAUUAGUAAAUCGAUCAAUGUACAGGUUGAGACAAUUUGAACGCAUGUGCCAUGUGGUAUAAUUACAUCAACGAGUAUCAGCUGAAGAAAUGUUAUAAAAGUGGUCCUAUAUAUUUACCCAUGCAUUUGGUUGUAUAUAGAGAUCUAAAACCGAGUUUGCCAACAUUUCUGUUUAUAUAUCAAUGGCUUAAAUAGCAUUUAAACUCUUGAAGAGCUUCAAAAAGUGUAUGUAGAUGUAAAUUUGUUACUCAUUUAAAUGUUUUAGGCUAAAAAUCACUUUUGGCUCCUGAUA